ACUUAAACUCGUCCCUCCGGCAACUCUGUUCCCCCUUCAAUGGUUCCACCUGGACCUGUCAGAAAGCGAAAGUACAGAGUCAAGACUACGUUGUUGCCGGAUAUCACGGUUAUGUGAUUGAGGACUAAUCAUUGGGCCCGUUUGAACAGUCAUGGAAGACUCACCAGACCCAGCUGCCCACCCCCAACAAGAAGAACCAGCAGCAGACAGCGAUCAGCCUGAGAAGACCGUCCUUCCGCCUGAUGGGUGCAGUAAAGGCGAGUUGGACGAGCCAAAUGUGGAGAACGGGGCACUUGACCUUGAUGGUUCUGCUGCUGAUCAUGAUUGCACGGGAGCACAACAAGAUGAGGAGUCAACAACAAAAGAAGAUUUUGGUGCUGGGGAGGACCAACCAGAGGAUGACGAGAAGGCACCAGAAGACACCACAGCAGCAACAGAGUCCAACACAAACCCUGAUCAUGUAGACGGUCCUGUUGAAAGUCUCCAAGAAGACCAGCUGGUCCUUAAUGACCCAAAAGGUGCGGACAGAUCAGAAUCCAGAAUUCAGGACCCCGUGGAAGAGGAGGACCCACAGGUGCCACGGAAAGCCUCACUGGAGAUUCUGAAGGAUGUUGAUCGGAGGAAUAAGGUGGAGACCAUUGGCCCAGCCACUUGGGAAACUGCUGACUCAGGAGUUACUGGAAUUCUUGGAGGAAGAAGAUACCUGAUGGGCAUCGGUGUAGUGUUGGUACUCGUCGCCGUGGUGGUGCAGCACAUCCUCCGGCCCGAACCGCUGCUUCCAAGCGCCAUGCCUCCCGUCGCCGUCUUCCUGAGGCAGCUUGAAAGAGUCGAGUCCCGCUUCCCCGGCCAGCGCCCCGAGCUGUGGACCCGCAGCCGGAUCCACCUGAAGAGGCACCUCCUGACGGAACGGCCCAGCCAACCCGUCAGUCUGAUCCUGACGGCGGGGGCGUCGGGCCGCCGAACGCUGCGAUGCCUGGCCCGCGACCUGGGCUCCGCCUUCUCCUCCGCCCUCAACGGCUCCGUGCUGCACAUCGACGGUGCCAGCAAAGCCGGCGUGGACAGCGACCGGGUCAAACUGGACAUCGACGGCCAGCUGCAGGUGGCCUUCGAAGGGGACAAACCCGUGGCGGUGAUUCAUCACUUCGAGCAGCUGCCCCCGGGCUCCACGCUCAUCUUCUAUCGCUACUGCGACCACGAGAACGCGGCCUACAAGAAGACGUUCCUCAUCUUCACCGUGCUGCUGGAGGGAGAGGAGGAGAUACCCGCCGGGAUUCCUUUGAGCGCCGUGGAGGAGAUGGUGGAUGACCACCUCCAGAGCAAGUUCCUCUCGCAUGGUCGUCCCUUGGCCUUCGACAGGAUGGACCUGGACAAGUACAGCGGACUGUGGAGCCGCAUUUCGCACCUCAUCCUUCCGGUUGCCGCCGAGGCGUGGACGGAGCAUGAAAGCUGCUCGUGAACUUUCUGAUUUUAUACAGGGUUGCUGAAAAGAUGACACUUUAUAGAUGAUGAUUAAGUCCAAGGCUGAUGAAGGAUUU